GACCUGAUAGGUUGCUCUAUUUCACAAGCUUCUAGUCGUUAACUGUCUGGCAAGCUAAUGUUCGGUCGAAUGAAAAAUAAUUGAUUGCACGCAAGUACUGAAAAGGAAAGCAAAUAUUAGCUGAGGAGGGAAAGGUUUGAAACCUCGCGGUUAAACUCGACGGGAACUUGCAGCUACACAUGCCAUGUUCAGGAUACGCGGUCGCACGUACUUAAGGGCUUUUACCAUAGCAGCUUGGCUUAAGAGCGAAAGAGGAAAGAAAACGUCGAUGAAGCAGACGAAGCGGUCGACGUGGGUCGAGUAUUACCGGGAUGUGGCAUUCUGCGUCUCCAUGAGGUCAAAAGACCCGAGCCUACAGGUGGGAUGCGUUAUUGUGCACCCAAAAUCACUCAGGAUCUUGAGCGCUGGGUACAAUGGAUUUCCUCCCGGAACUCCAAACAAGGACGAAAACUGGAGAAAAGGUAAAAAAGAUGAUCUUGUCGUCCACGCGGAGGCCAACACUGUGCUCCUGGCAGGCCAAGCUGAUCUUGAAGGUUCAAUUGCCUUCGUUACAAUGUAUCCCUGUCGGGAGUGUGCGAAAAUGUUAAUAGCGAAGGGUGUCCGUAAGGUUUAUUAUCUUUCAUUAAAAAAAAAAUACCAAGCGGAUUCAACUGCCAUCUUUAAAGAAGCCGACGUCGAGGUCGUGCCCAUAAAGCGAGGUGAGGAUACAACGCUGGAAGACUACGGGAAUCACCUGAUCCAGAAGGUUAGCUUCGUAAUGCAACAGAACACGACACCGGGUGAACCAAAUGGUGCCUAUAAAGCCUUGAGGGACAGCACGGAAGAACUAAGGAGCAGGGAUCUACAAAGUCCAUGGCCGAGAGAGUUAAUGGGCAAGAUCUUACUGGACAAAUGGACAGACUAUUUUCUGUUCUUGGCUCUCAUUGCCAGCACAAGAUCUUUGGAAAACCCUCAAGGAGCAAUCUUGAUAGAUUCUAAAACCUUAAAGAUAUCGGCGUUAUCGUACAACGGAUAUCCGAGAGGUGUCAGCAACGAUAACGCUGAUGACUGGAUGAAAUUGUCUGCGUUAACAAACGCCAUUUGUCUUCGAUUCAGCGAAGGACACGAUUUUAUCGCAUUUUCAACGCAUUUACCAAAGCUUCAUGAAGUAAAAAAUCUUGCACAGGCCCAGGUAAAGCGAUUGUACUUUAUAUGGCCAAAGACUCUUGAAGGGGACGACGAAAAGGCGCUGCAAAUUAUGAAAGACUCUGGAAUGGAAGUUGUGCCAAUGGAUGUUCCUGAUUUGGAAAAACUAGGAGAGGCCAUAAAAUACACCAUUGGAAACCUGAAGGAGGCAGAGAAAGGGCUUUCCUCCGGUGAUUGGCCAAGUUACACUUGGACCGAGUAUGACUUACAACCAGAACGACACCGUUGGAAGCCUAAACAAACCCCGGAAGCUCGGACAUGCAGUGGAGCUCAUAGCACAUACCUUAAUGAUUCGAUUUAGUGCCCGGGGCGCUUAUUUACUUUUGGUACCUCAAGGGAGGGCGCUUAUUCGAGACAGGGCGCUUAUUCGGGACAGGGCUCUUAUUUAAGUUUUUGAGAAACAACCAAAUGGUUAAAGCAUAACUUUAAUAAAUAUUAAAAUAACUAACAAUAACAGAAACUGUAACAGUAACAAAUUGUUGAAAGUUCAGCUACUUUCAAAAGAAUUCUUCAUUUUAUAUACCGUAGCUGUAACAAGUAUACAUGUACGGUACGUUGAAUGUUCGUGAGUUUAUCUACCGUAUUCGAUGUCGAUGACUUCAGUGUCACUUGCGUCAAUUAUCAAGCUAUCUGUGCCGAUGGAACUUUCCUUCCUUAUAUUCACAUUUCUCAAAGCCCGCCAUGAGAAUAAAGUACAGGUCAAAGUGACUGGAUCAAGAAGACUGGAAAACGGACUUGUUGUCCCCGGAGCGUUCCUAGCGAGAACAACCAGCAGAGUAAUCGCCACACAAUUUGAAGAAGAGAUUACUUGUUUGAAGGAAUUAUGUUCUCACAUGGACAUAACAGUUGAGAAACUCAGACGAAAACCGCUGUUUUUGUAAUGCAUUAUUACGUACGGUAUAUCGGCUAUUAAAGGAAGAUGAACCACGUUUGAUACGUACUCUGAAGGCGCUGUAAUAUUAGAACAGGGGCGCUUAUUAGAAUAGGGGCGCUUAUUAGAAUAGGGGCGCCUAUUAGAAUAGGGGCGCUUAUUAGAAUAGGGGCGCCUAUUAGAAUAGGGGCGCUUAUAAGAAUGGGAGCGCUUAUUGGAAUAGGGGCGCUUAUUAACAAAAACACAUUCGAAGGGGAGCGCUUAUUCGAAAGGGGGCGCUUAUUGGAAGGAGGGCGCUAAAUCGAAUCAUUACGGUAAGUCCAAACUUCGGCUUGGGCAAUUUUUCUUAAAUAACUUCCCACUUUCAAGAAGUGUUUCUUCGUUCAAAGUUGGCAUCUUCCUAUCAUCGUUUAUUUGAUAUUUUAUCAAGCAAGUAAAUAUUUCGCUGCCGUUGAAGUAGAUGGGAAGAAUAUAACAGGAAGCGUUGCGGCAUGGAAUAAUCGAACUAGUUCUGCGUACAGUAAUGUAUCUGAUCAGGUAUAUUCAGGGUGUUAAGUGCGUAGAUUGUCAAAUAAACCCAAGUCGGACAGGAAAUUGGUGCCCACGAAUUUCUGUAGAACGUAAGUAAGCGUAGAUUCCCAAAAAUAAAACCGAUUUCAACUCUU